AUGGCCUUAUUAUUUCUAUUUCUUCCACAAAUAGCAUCUGCCACUGCUUCAUGUCAUUCAUGUAUUCCUCAUCCAACAAAUAUUUACUCGAUGAUCUGCGCCAUCGAAGACCUCCCAUUGUUUGGCACCCAGGUCAACCGAUAUUCGAUUGGCCCGUGGGCAAGGACUGUGCCCGGGCACCUGACAUCCAUUCCGAUCAGAUUUCUGUCGAUGAGACGGGUUUGGUAUUUGCCAAACAGCGUCUUGUGCUUCUAUUUCACUUUCGAAUUUAUCGACUAUUCCUAUGAAUGUGAUGGUAAGCGGUUGGAGGCAAAGCUACGAAUCGGCCAUCCGAUUUUCUCAAAGCAACGGCGAUUCAAACGGUGGUUGCGGCGACGGAAUCCCGAUCCGAACACUAUACAUUUCCAGCAGGAGAGUUACGUCAAAGAAUUAGCCGAAUCGGCAGCACCUGGCACUCUUGUUGUCACUGUAAAAGCGGUUCAUGUCGCCGAUCAGCCUCUUUACUACUCUCUGGCUGCUCCUCAGGACUCACGAUCCCAGAAUAUCUUCACUCUGGAUACGCUAUCCGGCGAGAUCCGUCUGGCCAAAUCACUUGAUCGUGAAAUCCUUGACAAACACGUGCUGAAAGUAACUGCGUACGAGCGACUCGAUCCUACCGUAUCGUCCAGCGUUACAGUAACUGUCGAUGUGUUGGACGUGCAGGAUAAUAGCCCUAUUUUCGAAAGGGAUUCCUAUUUUGCUGAUAUUCGCGAGGAUGCACCG